AUGCGCUUCCCAUUCAAGCCCCUCGUUGCAGCUCUCGCCUUUACCGGCACAACCACCGUCACCACCGCCGCACCCCUCUUUGACUCCGUAACAACUUUCAUCACCCACCUCACCUCCCCCCCAAACGCAGCCCAACACCUCGACCUGACCACACCCAGCACCGAUCCCACGGGCCUCAACACGCUUUCCAGUCUCUCUUCGUCAGCCAAAUCCGUCCUCCAGAAAAACUCAGCUUACCUGCUCCUCAUCAACGCCACACCGUUUACUCUGCGCAAAACAGGCGGUCAUUCAUACCAGAUGCCUGUUUGGGAUAACUCUUUUCCUGAGACCGUAAAUCCGGGGCAGAGUGUACGGGUGAAAAUUGAGGCGAAGACGCAUAGGGAUGAUGCGGGGGAGAUGAGGUAUUUACUUGAUAUUGGGGAACAUGGGGGAGGAAAUGGAGGUGGGGAGAUCGAGUUCCAAUACCGAGGACGGAACGGGCCAAAGUUACAAGUGGAAUGGAAGAGUCUUGCGGCUUUGGGGUUACCGGAGGGAAGCAUCAGGGUGUUGGAUUGGCAUCAGGAGAAUAAUGUGCCGUUUGUUUUGGGCGCUGCGCCUUCGGCUGGGAACUCUUCCACUACCGGUCAGACUUCUAGGCCUGGGACGAAAUUUGAUCCGGCAAAGGAGUUGGUUGCCAGCCCAGGUCUUCCGACGACAGGGUGGAUGAAGCAAGCUUAUUCCAGGAUGCAUUGCUUGACGCUGAGAGAAAUGAGUCUCCCCGGGACACACAACAGUGGCAUGUCACUUCUCACUGGCGGUACGGCCCUCGUGAAAGCCAGACCGGAGUCGGUGCAGUGUCAUGCUAGUCAUAUGACGGUCGGCAAGCAGCUGGAGGCCGGAGCGAGGUGGUUCGAUAUCCGCCCUGUGAUUGCCGGAGGCAAAUGGGCCACGGGGCAUUAUACCUUUUUCGACGGGAUCAAGCUUCCCUCAGGACUGGAUAAGAUUCCCGGGUUGGGCGACUUGGCCAAGGAAAUUGGGAAGAUCGGUGGGGGAGACAAAGAAAAGGUGUUGGAUGGAUGGCAGGGCGGAAACGGGCAGUUGAUCGCCGAUAUCGUGAGGGAAGUCAACGAUUUCACCGACAAGUACCCAGGCGAGCUGGUGAUUAUCAACCUCUCCCAUGGUCUCAACACGGAUACCUUCUCCGGCAACCCCAAAGCCCGUCUCACCCAGCAAGAAUGGGAGAACCUGAUGACGGAGCUACUAGCCGUCAAGAACCGCGCCACGCACAUCACCAUGGAGAAUAUCGACCUCACUUACCAACGUCUUUCCAAUCUGCUUCCGCCUUCCGACCCGUCCAAGCCCAACGACCUGUCUCGCAAGUCAUCCGUCCUUUUCGUAGUAGACGACAUCACCACUGACAACCAACACGUCAACCUCUCCAAGUUCUCCAAAGAAGGCUUCUUCUUCCGCGGCCAACUGGCCAUCUUCGACUCCUACGCCAACACCAAUAAUCUGAAUAAUAUGAUCACCGACCAAUUCUCCAAGCUUUCGACGCACCGGACCAAGGCAGACGAUGACAUGUUUUUGUUGUCGUGGACGCUGACGCAGCCUGUUGAGACCAUGAUUACCGGUAGUAUCGUCAAGUAUGGCGAAGACGCCAACAGGGCGUUGGGCGAGAAGUUGUGGGCGAAUGGGGCGAUGAGUGCGCAAAGGUUCCCGAAUGUGGUGAGUGUUGAUGCGCUUGAUGAAGAUGGGGAGGUGGCGGGGUUGGUGGCGGGGAUUAGUUGGUGGUUGGCGAGGGAGUGUCCUGCUUUGUAG